AUGGAUCUGCUGUUGAGCAAGUCGAAGGAGCUUGCACGACGCACGCGCGAUGGCGUGCAGCGACGCGUGGAUGUGAACGACCCCGUGCGCCUGCUGGCUGUUGCCCAGGCGCACGCUCGCCCCGCCCACCACCAAGACAAAACCAUGCACACCCUCAACGCGCAACGGUUGCUUGGGGACCAAAUGGAUGUGGACAACUACCUCCACCUGAAGAACGUCAAGCUCAUGACAGCUGCCGAGCCUUUCAUCUCCUCUCAACCAGCCUCUGUCGAGGAGUUUCUCAAGGCUGAGCGCCAGAAUGCCCUCAUCUCCGCAGUUACCAGUGCACAGGAAGCGGCUGUUCGUGACUUUCACCAGCAACACUUUGACCAUCUCCAACACGAGUGGGAGCACACGGAGAAGGCCGAGAUCCGCAAAAUCCUCGGUGUCGAACUGGACGUCACUUCAAGCUCCCUCGCCCAGAAGGAUCAGUCCAAUGUGUUCCAGGACGUCAUUGAAGACUUUGUCGGUCACAUCAUCGACAACACUGCACCGUAUCCGAUUGUGGAGCGACUGAAGGAGGCCGCCACGACCCUCUACUCCCAGGACCAGCGGGCGUUUGUGGACUGCCUUGAGAUUGUGCAGUCGAUGCUCCGUCCGCCCGAGGGCCCGCUCCACGCCGCACACUACGCCAAGCUGCGUACGACACGUGACGGGCGGCAGCAGUAUGUGCAGCAGAUGCGGCGCAGCGCCAUCACGAAACUGCAGGAGCGAUACCGGGCCAAGCUCGCCGGCGCCGACCUGGAGUCGUUUGCGCGGGCCAAGCGCACACAGCACCUGCUGCACGACAUGACGCGCGACGACGAGCAGUGGGCGGUGCUGUUCUAUGCGCUGCGCAUGGGCCUGAGGGAGGAGGCACUGCACACCAACCUCUGCCAGCAGGACGCAGACCUCCACGAGGCCGUCGCAAGCGCUUUCGCCUUCCAACAGCCGUCGUUCCUGCGCACCGCUGACGGGCGCUCGCUCUAUGAGCGGGGUGUGCUUGCGCUCCUGAGCGGCUCUCCCGACAAUUUUCCGCGUGAACUUCAGCAGGAAAACCUCGAGGACUACCUCUGGUUCAAGCUGCGGUCGCUGCCGGAAAACGACGUGGCGCAGUACACGGAGUUCCAGAAGCUCAUCAGCAAGUCAUACGGCGAGUCGCACUUCCAGGCGGCACGCAACCCGUGGAACUACCUGUUUGCGCUUCUGUUCACGGCGCAGUUUGAGCGGGCGGUUGAGUUUCUGCAGCGGGUUGACCUUGAGCUCGCUGUGCAUCUCGCCAUUCCCCUGCACCACUACGGCGCCCUGGACGCAACAGAGGACAUCUCAGAGAACACACUGGUUGAGCAGCCUGGAGAGGUUGCGUGCCUGUACAACUUUGGCCUGCUGGUGCAGCGGUAUGCGCGUCUGAUCAUGCGUCAGUCCCCAGCCACCGCCCUCAACUACCUCUACCUCGUCAGGUCGAUGAAGCUUUCGUCGGCUGCGGACUCACCGUCCGUGUUUGUCGUAAACUUUGCUGACGUCAUCCUGGAAAACAACGACCUUGCCUUGCUCGGUGGCUACGACACGUCCAUGCGCCAGGUGCUUGGUGGCGAUCUUGUCCGGUUUAUGCCGGACAUCAGCGCCCGUCACCGUUUCCUGCGCGAUCUUGCGAUUGAAUUCCGCUCCCGGGGCAAAUUCCCAGAGGCCAUCAGGCUCUUCCAGGAGGCACAGGAGGAUGACGAGGCCACAAACCUGCUCAUCGAGAAGCUGACGGAGGUGAUUAUCCUUGACGACCACGACGACAUUGCGUGGAGCCAGUACUUGGAGCGCAGCCGCUUCGUCCCUGCAGACGCCCCGCGCCGCGCAGACAUCGACGUCCUCGAAAACGUUGUGCAAUUCAUCUACGCGUGCCACCGCGAGACAACAACAGACCCGCUCUUCUUCUGGCAGGAGCUGAACCGCAUGCAAGUGUUCCCGCUGCACCCGGACGAGGUCGACACGUGCAUGCGCAAGAUCCAGUCCCUCGGCAAAGAGGUGUCGGCCGUGUUCCCGUCGCUCAUCUUCUACGCCAUGCGCCUCACGGAGCACAAGCUCAGGGCGCACCAGCAGCGCGUCUCUGGCCACUUUGACGUGCCAGAGGAAGCGAAGAACUGGCAGCAGCGCGGGCGUGCCCUACUGACGUUUGCGGUGGAGAUGGGUCACACCUUUGGCGCAGAGAAGGCGCAGGUGCUUGAGCGGCUGCAGCUGCUGGUCGAGUCUGUCGAGACGAGCAUGCGCGUGUUUGCCGGCCACCCAUAA